CCGGGCCCUUCGGGCACGAGGCGGCGCGGGAGCCAGCCGCGGGGUCCCGGCUGCGAGCUGCGCGCGAGGUAUUUAAGGCAUCUGUUUGUAAGGCAAAGGUGUGCAUGAAACUAUGGAUGAUACAAGCACUUUAAUUGAUGUUAAAGAGUACCCCGAUACCGAGGUACAGAAAAACCGAGUACUAACUCUGGAAGAAUGGCGAGAAAAGUGGGUGGACGGCAAAAUUGGAUUUCAUCAAGAACAAGGACAUCAAUUAUUAAAGAAACAUUUGGAUACUUUCCUUAAAGGCGAGAAUGUUCUGAGAGUAUUUUUUCCUCUUUGUGGAAAAGCAGUUGAGAUGAAAUGGUUUGCGGACCGAGGACACUGUGUAGUGGGUGUGGAAAUCAGCGAGCUUGGGAUUCGGGAAUUUUUUACAGAGCAGAAUCUUUCUUACUUGGAAGAGCCCAUCAUGGAAAUUCCUGGAGCCAAAGUAUUCAAGAGUUCUUCAGGGAACAUUUCACUGUACUGUUGCAACCUUUUUGAUCUUCCCAGAGUGAACAUUGGCAAAUUCGACAGGAUCUGGGAUAGAGGAGCAUUAGUUGCUGUUAACCCAGGCGAUCGUAAAUGCUAUACAGACAUAAUGCUGUCCCUAACGAGGAAAGGGUUUCGCUACCUCUUGGCUGUUCUUUCUUAUGAUCCCACUAAACAUCCAGGCCCACCGUUUUAUGUUCCAGAUGCUGAAAUUAAAAACUUGUUUGGUUCAACAUGCAACAUUCAUUGCCUUGAGAAGGUUGAUGUUUUUGAAGAACGACAUAAAAGUUGGGGAAUUGACUACAUUGUUGAAAAGUUGUAUCUACUUACGGAAAAGUAAAUGAGACCAGUAAAAACAAGUAAUAUCAA